CGCCGGAGCCUCACCGCCCGUGCUCACGCCGAGCGGCGGGAGAAGAGGCGCUUGCGGGAGUCGGAGCGAGCGGGCGGGCGGGCGAGCGAGCGAGGCGGGGAGAUGUGCCCGGAGGAAGGCGGCGCGGCCGGGCUGGGCGAGCUCCGCUCCUGGUGGGAAGUCCCGGCCAUCGCGCACUUCUGCUCGCUCUUUCGCACGGCGUUCCGCCUGCCCGACUUCGAGAUCGAGGAGUUGGAGGCAGCUCUUCACAGAGAUGAUGUGGAAUUUAUCAGUGAUCUGAUUGCCUGCCUGCUUCAGGGCUGUUAUCAGCGAAGGGACAUCACGCCUCAGACAUUCCACAGCUACCUAGAAGACAUUAUUAACUACCGUUGGGAGCUUGAAGAAGGAAAGCCCAAUCCUCUGAGGGAAUCCAGUUUCCAGGACCUUCCUCUGCGAACUCGGGUGGAGAUCCUGCAUCGCCUCUGUGAUUACCGGCUAGAUGCAGAUGAUGUCUUUGAUCUUCUCAAGGGUCUUGAUGCAGACAGUCUCAGAGUGGAGCCUCUGGGUGAGGACAACUCAGGUGCACUCUACUGGUACUUCUAUGGGACACGAAUGUACAAAGAAGACCCAGUACAAGGAAGGUCUAAUGGCGAACUGUCCUUGAGCAGGGAAAAUGAACGACCAAAAAGUGUCUCAAAUGUUCCUGGAAAAACAGGCAAAAGAAGAGGAAGGCCGCCAAAACGGAAGAAAACUCAGGAGGAGAUUAUAUCCAGUGAAAAGCAGGACGGAAAUUCCUUGGCACCUGACCUACAGACAAGAAAUGGUUCCCGAGGCCCAGGCCAAGGUACUUGGUGGCUCUUGUGUCAAACAGAAGAAGAAUGGAGACAGGUCACUGAGAGCUUCCGAGAGAGGACCUCUCUGCGAGAGCGGCAACUCUACAAGCUCCUCAGCGAGGACUUCCUGCCUGAAAUCUGCAACAUGAUUGCCCAGAAGGGAAAACGUCCACAGCGCACAAAGCCAGACUUGCAACAUAGGUUUAUGUCUGACCACCUGUCCAUCAAAUCCAUCAAGCUAGAGGAGACCCCCAUGCUCACCAAGGAAAAACAGAAACGCAAGGAGGAGGAGGAAGAGCGACAGCUGCUUCUCGCAGUGCAGAAGAAGGAGCAAGAGCAGAUGUUGAAAGAGGAGAGAAAGCGGGAAUUGGAGGAAAAGGUCAAGGCAGUGGAAGAUCGAGCUAAGAGGAGAAAGCUGAGGGAGGAACGGGCAUGGCUGUUGGCUCAAGGCAAGGAGCUACCCCCAGAACUUUCCCAUUUGGACCUGAAUUCUCCUAUGAGGGAAGGAAAGAAGACCAAGGACCCCUUUGAACUGGAUGACGAUUUUACUGCCAUGUAUAAAGUUCUCGAUGUGGUAAAGGCUCACAAGGAUUCCUGGCCUUUCUUGGAACCUGUGGAUGAAUCUUAUGCCCCAAACUAUUACCAGAUUAUUAAGAUUCCCAUGGAUAUUUCAACCAUGGAGAAGAAAUUAAAUGGAGGGUUAUAUUGUACAAAGGAGGAAUUUGUAAACGACAUGAAGACCAUGUUCAGAAAUUGUCGAAAAUACAAUGGGGACAGUAGUGAAUAUACCAAGAUGUCUGACAAUUUAGAGAGGUGUUUCCAUCGGGCCAUGAUGAAACAUUUUCCUGGUGAAGAUGGAGACACAGAUGAAGAAUUUUGGAUCAGAGAGGAUGAAAAACGGGAAAAAAGAAGGAGUCGGGCUGGUCGAGGUAGUGGAAGCCAUGUUUGGACUCGCUCAAAAGACUCAGAAGGUCCCAGCAGGAAGCUGCCACCAGUGGAGAAUGGAGGGAAAUCAUUGCCCCCUGCACGCCGAGCUGCUUCCUCAGGGGAUGGUCACAGGAGCAGUUCUACACAACUCCCUCCAGAGCGGCCAGCAGCACCAGGAACAUUUCGUUCUCUUCAAGGAUCAGAUCCUACCAGCUUAUAUGGCUCCUCUCGAGUCCCAGAGGUGCCCCCAGGAGAGCCCUUGCAGCACCCACCUUUUGCUAUACAGGCUCCAGUUGGAAUUAGUAACCACCGAGGACCCCGGCUCAGUGCUCCUGAAGAGAAGAUGUGUGGGGGCCUAACACACCUUUCCAUGGGGUCACAUCCCCCCUCCUUGCAGCUUGGGCAGAUGAAUUGUUCCAGUCAAGAUGGAAACCUUUAUCCACCCUCUCCAUUCCAGGCAGGAUUUAUUUCUGCUAGGCAUGGUGGGACUCCAGCCCGACCUCCUGACUUUGCUGAAAACUCAGAAAUUCCUCCUGGUCACAUUUAUCAUUCAUACAAGUAUCUGAAUAGAGUACACCCUGCUGUCUGGAACGGGAACCAUGGGGUUACAAACCCUGGACGUUUGGGGCCAGAUGAGAAGCCCCAUCUGGGGCCAGGACCCUCUCACCAUCCCCAUACCCUUGGUCAUAUGAUGGAUGGCCGAGUGAUGAGACCACCUAUCCCACCAAACCAGUGGACUAAACAGUCAGGCUUUCUGCCUCAUGGAGUUUCUUCCUCGGGGUAUAUGCAGCCACCCUGUAAGUCUGCUGGACAUCGGUUGCAGCCACCUCCAGCUCCAGCACCAAGUCCUCUAUUUGGAGGACCCUCCCAACCUCUCCGGGGGGUACAAGGAGGGGAAUCAAUGAUGGACAGCCCUGAAAUGAUUGCCAUGCAGCAGCUGUCCUCCCGAGUCUGUCCCCCAGGUGUGCCUUACCAUCCCCGCCAGCCCACUCCUCCACAGUUACCUGGUCCCUUUCCACAGGUAGCUCAUUCAGCAUCAGUAUGUGUGUCAGCCCCCAAGCCUGCAUUGGACAACCCUGGGAACACACAGGAGACCAGUGAAACACAAGAGCCUGAGAAUGACCGAGCAGAGCCUUUGUCUGGACUUGAAGAGAAAGCAGCAAGCAUUUGUGCUUCAGAGGGGGUAUACCUCAAGCAGCUACCUCACUCAGUGCCUCCCCUGCAAGCCAGCUGUUCCAAGCAAAGCUCUCCAGAAGAGAGGGAAACAGAGGACGCAGAAGUCAAAAGUGAUGCUGCAGACACUGCAGACACUUACAAACCAUCAAAGAGCAAGAACACCUGGCCUUUGGACAACAGCUACAGCAGCCCAGCUGUGCAAGGCUGUUUGAGAGACCUCUCCAUAGUUGCAGACAGGGGGACUCUACCUGAAAAUGGGGUUGUUGGUGAAGCAUCUCCUUGUAGAUCAGAGGGGAAGGGCCUUGGUGGCUGUGGUUCAGAAAAGCCACUCUGCUCCAGGGGUAAAACAUUGCAGGAAACCAUGCCAUGUACAGGACAGAAUGCAACUACACCUCCUUGCACAGAUCCCAGUUUGAUGGCAGGCACUGUGAACCACUUUUCUCCUUUGUACAUGCCUGGCCUAGAAUACUCUAAUUCAGCUACACAUUACCAUACGAACCCAAGUCUGCAAGGCUUAGGCUCUGUGGUGGGAGGAAAGUCCCCAGGAUCCCAGCCUCAGCCCUUCUCUCCCAGGAGUUUCCAGCCUAAUAGUUCUCAUCCUGGACUCUUUCCCCGGUAUCGCCCCCAACAGGGAAUGAGGUAUUCCUAUCAGCCAUCUUCUCAGUCCUCCUACCACCCUUAUCAGCGGACUCCUUAUUAUACCUGCCCACAGGGCUUUUCUGAUUGGCAGAGAUCUCUCCCUUCCCAGAGAAGCCCAAGUGGAGCCGCAGGGAGUCAUCCUCCACGCCCCCUCUUCGCAGAUAAGAAUGCCUUGCCUAGCCUGCAAGGUUGUGAGACACUAAAUGCUGCCUUAGCUUCUCCAACUCAAAUGGAUACAGUGGCUGCUAAAGUUGUUCCAUCUGAUGGACAGAAUUCUGGUCCAGAGGAAGAGAAGAUAGAUGAAUCUGUGGAUAGGCCAGAGAGUCCCAAAGAAUUUUUAGAUCUGGACAACCAUAAUGCAGCUACGAAGCGGCAGAGCUCACUGUCCGCCAGUGACUAUCUUUAUGGAACACCACCGCCACCUCUGAAUUCAGGAAUGACUUUCGGCUCACCGGCUUUUCCUCCCCACGGUGUAAUGCUGCAGACAGGGUCUCCAUACACUCCUCAGCGUCCAGCCAGUCAUUUUCAGCCCAGGGCAUACCCAUCCCCUGUAGCUGCCCAUCCACCUCCCCAUCAAGUGGCCACUCAGCCCAAUGGCCUCUCUGCAGAGGGCCCUCUCUACCGCUGUCAGGACGACGACUUUGGUCACGUUCAGGCUGCAGUGAUGGAGCAGACAGGCUCUGGAAGUGGAAUAAGGGGAUCCUUUCAAGAAGUGCACAGACCAUCAGGAAUGCACAUGCAUCCAAUCCAGUCACAGUCUUUAUUCCCAAAGACCCCGGUACCUGCAGCAUCACCAGAACAGUUGCCACCACAUAAGCCCCCGACACUUCCUCUGGAUCAGAGCUAGUCCAAGGAGGAAAUGAGCCCAAGGAAAUGACAGCUGCCCGCGAAGACAGGCAGGCAGGCAGGCCUUGGAGGACUUGGAGGAGUGACUGUUGUACAUCUCUGUUCUGCCAUCUGCUCCAUCUCUGCUGUGAAUGAAGCCAUCCUCAGAGGACCUGCCUAAGCCUUAGGUGCACGCUCUUGAGAGACUGACAGGGCCGUGGCUGGAAUCGCCCACACAGCCCACAUGCUUAACAAGAGCAAGUGUACCUGGAGUUCUUGCCGACUUCUCUAAUCCCCAAGACUCUUGUUCAGGGAAAAUCACUCUAAACUUGGGUAGAGGGUGCGUGUGAGGCUGGAGUGGUGCUUUUAAACUCUAAUGAGCAGCUAAUCUCAGGUAUCUAUUUGGGGAGGGACUACUUGUAGUAUUAAUGUUUUUGGAGCUGGGUCCAGUUUACAGAAGCUUCAUGUUGCCUGUGUGUGUGUGUGUGUGUGUGUGUGUGUGUGGUAUUGUAUAUAGAGUGGGACAGUCAGGUGGGCACAUGGAGCUGGGAGCCCUUCCCAGCUGCGGCAGGCACACAGUACUGGAUCAGUCCCUGUCUUUGUACAGUCAGGUCACACUGAAUGCUUAUGGAACUUGGAAAAGAGGCCCAGGGGGUUUCGGCCACUGACUUGUUUUCCUAGUAGCCUCCUUUCCAGCCAGCCUCAGAGACUGCUUGUCCUUCUCAGCAUUCGCUUCUCAGUUUGGUGGAAGGUGCUGUCAUGUGGCCUACUGGGUGUUUCAGCCAUUGGACAGGCUGCUUACACUCUGGUGGCCCUAGUUCUAGAUUUGGGAAUGCAUGGCCCUUCCUGAUUUUUCUGCCAUCUCUACCACAUAGUUGUAAACCAGGAAUUUGGGCUCUAUAGAGUGUUUUACUUACUAGAAAAUAAAGUGGCUUCUUCAUGGGCCUAAAGGCCUGUGAUCUAGAAGCCAUCACACGCUUUCUAGCACAAAUCACGUUUUGUGAAAGUGACUACUCAGGUUUGUUAUGUAUGUUAGUCUCAAUAAAGAAAUUGCACAGGUUUGAAAAAGGAAAGUAUAUCGUAUAGAUUUAAAUUUGAAUUUAGGACUACUUCAGUAUGUAUAGUUUUUAUUCAGUUUAAGUGAAUCAUAGUAGACGCAGUCAUGUUGAUUUAAAGCUGUCAAGGGCUAGGUCUUGCAAAUUAUUAUGUCUAUG